CUAUCUUCCCAUUACCUCAUGGGAUCAUUAGGUCGGCAUGAUCUCUCCGCGGCCAGCAGCGGAGCCGCUUCCCCGCCGGGACGGAGGCCAGCGGCCUUUCCCGUCCCCUCGCGUGCCCUCGCACAGGUGCAGCCCGCGGCGGGACGGACCCGCCGCCAUGUCGGGGCGGGCGCGGCGGGACAGCCACCUCGGCUCCCCGCCCUGCCCCCUCCCGGGGGGCUGCUGGGCAAGGCGGCAUUGUUGGCCGUGUCCAUCACUCCUCUUCCCCGGCUGACAUAAUGAAUGCGCUUGGACACACCUUCCAGCCCGGCGGAGAGGCGCCGCGUCUCCACGGACAGCCCCGCCGAGCUCUCCGCUCCGCUCCCCACAGCCCUCGGGGAGGCGCCCCGCCAGCCCGCCCGGCCCCAUAGCCCGGCGCCCCGUCCCAGCCCAGUGAGGGGCCGCGGCGGCCGGGCCGGGCAGGGCAGGGCAGGGCAGGGCGAGGAGGGUAGAAGCCCUCGCUAUGCUGCCCAGCGCCCUUUACUGGGACCUGGUGGGCUCCUCGGCUCUCCUCAACCUGCCGGCGGCGCCGGGCUUCGGCAACCUGGGCAAAAGUUUCCUCAUCGAGAACUUGCUACGGGCCGGGGCGCCGAGCCCUGCUCAGCUCCGUCCCCUCCCCGCCAACCCCGUGCCCCUCAAGCUGUGCCCCGCGGCGGAACAAAUCAACCCCUCCGGGGGUCCCUUCCCGGCGAGAUGGGCUUUCCAAGUGCUCAACCCCUCUGCGGCGGACGGCGGCCGCCCGCCAGCGCGGGCCGCGGCGGCGGAGAGAGGCGGCGUCUUCCCGCCGGCAGCCACAGCUCUUUCCAAACACUUUUUUCUCCGAGCCCCGCCAUUCUACUCAGCAUGCUGUGGUGGGUCCUGUCAGCACCCUGCAUCCCCCACUGCUUUUCCAAGGGAGGAAAGUGUGCUGCCUCUUCUGACCCAGGAGUCUAACUCCAAAUCCCGAAGAGGCAUAUUAAGAAGAGCUGUCUUUUCUGAAGACCAGAGGAAAGCUUUGGAGAAAAUGUUCCAGAAGCAGAAGUAUAUUAGUAAAACAGACAGAAAGAAACUGGCCCUUAACCUGGGUCUAAAGGAGUCUCAGGUGAAAAUUUGGUUUCAGAAUCGAAGGAUGAAGUGGCGAAACUCCAAAGAAAAAGAAGUGCUUUCUAACAGGUGCCUCCAAGAAGAAGGUCUUCAGGAGAACUACCUCUCACGAUCCACCAUGAAUUUUACCUCCCCAUGCCCAUCUGUGUGGGAAAUGUCUGAAGAGCGAGCAAGUCCAAGGUGGAGGGAGCAUUCCCCAGGAAAUUCUGAAAGACUGAUUAGUACACAACCACCUCCAAGAGCAAAUUCAUUGCAGAGCCCACUCUAUUUGUAUCCUGACCAAGACACUGCAAACAAAGCAUCAAGUGUAAGGGAGUAGGGGCAGUUUGUAAAUGGAGUGGGAGGGUGCAGGCUUCAAACGAGCAGUCUUUUAAGAUUAACAAUAUUUGAACAUUGUAAAGCUAACUAGUUUAUGCUUCAAAAAUAUGCUAAAGUCUAACACCAUUAAAAUUACAAACAACUAAUGACUUAAGAAAUAUUCUUCAAUAUUAAGUCUUUUCUUGUGUCUUUUCCAGUCUUGUACUGACCUUAAAAGUAAAUAGGAACUGAUGGUAAGUAAAAUGAAGUGAAGAGCAUGAAGCUGAAUUUGUGCUCUGAUUUAUACAUCUGCACUGUAUGUGAUGCUCGUUAAAAACACACUAACAGAGAAUCACUUUUAUCUCUCAUUAUUGUAGUCAGACCAAAUAAUUUUUUCUGUGCAUGAGAUUAGAAGAACUCUGUUUCUCUCCAUACAGUAAGCGGUUUUGGGUUCUUUUAGAAAUUCAUUAAAUAACACAAUACAUUAAUAUGGACAUUUUUGGUGUGUUUUCUCCAUCUGUCUUCACCUAUGUCAGUAUUCAAUUAGCUUUAAAUAGUAUGGUCACGGGUCAACUGAUAACCUUGGUAAAGUAUGCAAUAUUAAAAGGCAAACAACCUACUUUAUAAAAUAUUCUGUGUUUAAGUAACUCUGAUUAGAGUGUGUACUGAAAAGUGCAAUUCACUGUCUUUUUGCCCAUGCAUGAAUCUACUAGCAUUUUUAGCUCUGAAUUGCAGUGUCUUUUUUUGGCUGUUGGUAGACUCUUUUGUAGUUCAAAACUGCAAUGACAGUGUGAAGAAUUGUAGCCAAAAUGCACUAAGCAACAGACACAUAACUGGAAAAAUUGCUACUACAGCCAGUUCAGAAAAUUACUUAUGGAGAUGACAUACCACAGUAGCAUUAUCCCUGACUUACUGCUGUUUAAACUGGUGCCAGUAAGGGCAUAUUAGCAUAUAUCUGUAUCAAAGACAGGACAGCAUUCUGUGUAAUACAAGUAGCCUCGAAUAUUAUUAAAGCUACUUAAAAUUAUUUGCUUGCUUAAUCCAAUUUAAGGAGAUUAGUCUAUGCAUUCAGGUCUAUCUUUCUUUGUUUUAUUUGCAAAUCUUUAUAGCUCAUAAUGGGAACAUAACAUUCAUUUUCUUUUUCAUAAGAUUAUGGAUGUCUUUGUUGAGAAGAGAGACUAAAGAUGUUUUAUAUGCUACAGGCAAAACUUUUUGGAGAACAUUAUGGUUUUAUAGGGGCUAUUUUCUUUCUGGCAUUCAUACAUUUUAUAGGCGAAAGAUUAUGAUAGGCUAGUCUGGCUUUUCUUACUGGCCUUGAGUGUUUCUGAUUAUUCUUGCCUUGAACUCCACAUCUUUUGAACUGUAUUGUACAUCUUUCAAAAAGCUGUGCAAUUGCUAUGGAGUAAAUUGUUAUUUAAUGUUUUACCUUUUGAUAAAUGAUCUACUAUUCCCCUUGUUACAUUGUAUUAUCUGGGAAGUCAAAUUUAGAUACAUUUGCAGCUAAAACACUUGAGAUUGCAAUGAUGAUGCUUGUAUCAUAACAUUUGUGCACAGUCAGGUGAGUUUUGUCUUGCCUUGUGCAUGCCCUGCCUUCCCAGUGGCCAAAUGUGCAACCCUAGUCUUGCAUUAUGUGGCAUUCCUUGUAUGUGAUUUCCUCUGCUUGAUUUAAAGAAAAAAGCCAAAUUACAGAAGAAUUAAGAAACUACCUCUUUCUGCAUUUACAAAUCUUCAUUAGUGUAAGUUGCCUCAAUACUUACCCUCAGACAGCCCUUGAACAUGUGUUAUACACUGGUCAGUAAUGAGAGGAGUUUAUUCCUGUCUUGCAAUUGAAAUCCCAGAACCAACUGAGAUUCUGCAAGAAACCUUUGGUGGGCAAGAGAACAGACAGAUUAUGUACACGUGGGGAUGAAUUUGGUGUUGAAAUACUGCCCUGUUUGACCAGCUCCUGCCUGAAGGACCAGCAAGGGUUCAUAGCCCAGGCAGCUGUGAGAUGGCAUUGCAGCUAUUUCCAGAGUACCAUAAAGGUGCUGGUAUAUAUAUGUGCAUAUAUUCAUCAGUGCUUUCUGUUUUGGAGGAAAUCUGUAUGAUAGGGGUGGUGGGGGUUUUUUAAUUCACCUUUAAUCGAAAGGGCGCCUUCCCAGCUGCUCCUAUUCAUUUACUGCAAGUCAAUGAAGCAUCAGUGCUAGAAGGAACAUUUUUGGAGAUGAGAGAUGCAAUUCAGAAUGCUCCUUGGGAAAUUCUUUCAGUUCAUGGUGUUGCAAGCACAAAAUAUGAACUACUGUCAAAACUGAACUGAUGUACUGAACAGAAUACAUCUGAGGCUGUUUUACUGAGGCAAAGAUCAAGCAAGGCUCAUACAGAACUGGUUUCACAGCUGUAAUAUUACAGGUGUUUUAAAUUCAGCAAGUUCUGGUUUCACUAUAGCCUGUAAAAACUUAAACCAUUCCAAGGUCCUCUGAAUCUCGUAACACUUUCUGUCAGUAUUCUUACUCCAAAGUUAGAAUAAGGCUAGAUUUUUUUAUCUGGCAUAUCAGUAUGCCAGAUAAAACAUUCUUUACCUGAAAAUGCUGAUCAAGCUUUUUAAAAAGCCCUAAAAGUGUACUUGCAUAUCUUGAAUUAUGUCUAAAAUAGUCUGAUUCAAUUAAGAUUUAGGCCCAUGAAACAUACAGCCUUGAUUUCUCUGAUUUUGUACUAUAUAAAGGAGAAGCUUCCCUUCAGUCCAUACUGUGAAAACCUGGUAAAUGAGAAAUAGCACCCUGUACAAAUAAACAAAUAUAUUUACAGUACCAAUCUUUUCUUUGUGAAGGAUCAAGUAGUAUUUGGGUUUUCUUCAAAUACGGUAUGCAUGCUAGUUUUAGAAAGAAUGAGGAGAACACAAAUAUGCAAAAUGCCCGGCAGAUGUUUGAACAGCCUCAUAACAGACACAGUGCAGGGGUGAAAGGUGUAGUGCAGCUGGUGUAAGGGAGUGACAUGACAGAUACCAGUGACACCUAGGUUAAAACCAGCAACGUGCUACUUGGAUUUCAAAGAUUUGACCUGAUGGAUGGUCUUCAGCAUGGUUGUAGGGGAUCUGAGUAUUUCCUGUGUGUGCCAUUUUGAGACUCUAGUUACUGGCUGUGGAGUAUUAUGAAGGACAUUUAUUGGGAUCCUGGGACUGCGGAGAGUUCGGUUACCUUAAAAUGCAAACCACAGUUAAAAACCUCAUCUCUUCAGAGGCUGCAAACAAAGCAGAUACUUAUACUGGCUGGGUACUUCUCUGUUUGUUCUGGCAACUUAUCAAUGCUAAUGUAAUUCAGAAUACAAGAAGGAAUAGGAGGAAAGGCUGAGACUCAGUACUGGCUUUGUUAACUGAGUUGCAGACUUCCAUGUUCUCAGGCUGUGCUGCUGACACAGAUCUCUCUGCCCAACCCAGCAGCCUCAGGAACACAAGAGGCUUUUCUCAUCCCACCAAUAGAAGAUCCUCCAUAUGGGUCUGAAUGUGGAUCUUGAAAAUAUGUUCCUAGUGUUAGGCAGAGGAGCUUCCCUGAUACCUAAGAAGAGGCUGCUAAUUUCCUUCUAGGCCUGGCUCUUGGAUUUUAAAUUGUACCACAGUGCAGAUUUUUGCAGUCUGUAUCAGGCAUGACCACGGUUUUACUGCAUGUGAAUGACUGUGAGCCUGUGAACAUGAGAGGCCAGCUAGCUCCUCUGUG